AUGGCACAAUACGAUGAUUAUGGAGCGUUGUACACAAAACUAAAGAACAGGCCUAUUCCAAUAAUGCAAAAUAGGUAUGCCAGUGAGGCUAUGAAUAACCUUACCGGGUUAAGGGUCUUGGAUGCAGCUUGUGGAACUGGAUUCUACUCUCAAAUGAUGGCCGGUCAAGGAGCGGCUGAAGUUAUCGGCAUCGACAUUUCCUCCGGCAUGAUUGAAAACGCCAAGAAAGAGCUCCCUAUUCACUGGUCAAAUGGCCCUAUUAGAUAUUUUGUCGGUGAUUUUGAACAGGCAGAUCUCCUCCAAAGCCUUGGCUUGGAUGAAUUGAGAGGAACUUUUGAUGUGGUGUUUGCUGCUUGGUUGCUCAAUUAUGCUGCUGAUUGGCAAGGUUUGUCGAGGAUGCUGGAUAACAUUUUUGAUGCGCUGAAACCAGGAGGAAAGCUCAUCGCCCUGACACCGAAUCCUUUCUUGCUUAAAGAACAUGGGCCGGAAAUGACGACGGAAGAAGGCCUAAUUGGCGACAGGUGGCAAGUCACCGAAAUUUACGACUAUGGUUACAGAGUUCAUAUGAUAGUAAAUACUUCGCCCAGUGUUGAAUUUGAUUCUUACGUUCUGUACGUGUCGGAAUAUGAAAAGGCUGCAGCAGCCGCAGGAUUCCCGUGUCUAUCUUGGGAAGUUGUGAGCAUUACAGCUAAUCAUUGCGAAAAGCAAACUCUAUGA